AUGGCACAGCCUCUCCUCUUUGUUCUCAUCAGUACACUUUUCUACAAAGCAAAUACCCUGACCUGCUAUCAGUGCAUACCUGAGACAUCAAUUAAAUGCACUGAAACUAAAGUGGAGUGUCCUGUCGGUCAGUGUGGGACUAUGAGAACCACAACUUAUAUGGGAAACAACACAUUGGCUGACAUGAUCAUGAAGAACUGCUCUCAAGAGCAUCAAUGCGUGACUGCAUCUGCAAACCUUGGAAGCACAAGAAUAGUCAUCAACAACCAGUGCUGCAAUACUAACCUGUGCAAUAGCCAGAACGAACUAGAAUCCCCCAAGAUGAUCCCAAAUGGAAUGCAGUGCUUCACCUGCACCGGAGAAGACUGUGCAUCAACUUUACCUUGCAUUGAUGAGGAAGAUCACUGUAUCAAAGCAACAGUUGUCAAUGACAAACAGGUGAUGACGUUGAAAGGAUGUGUGACCAGAAGCUUUUGUAUGGGUGACCUGUCCACCAAGAUCGGUCAGUCCAGCAUAACAGCGGACCAGAGCUGCUGUAAAGGUCAUCUGUGUAACAGCGCUCACACAGCCGCUGCGAGCCGCUUCUUUCAGCUGGGCUUUCUCCUGUACGCCAUGCUACAGAAAACACUUUGA